CCUCCGUAAACUGUCAUGGCCGCUCUGCUCGACAUAGCAAGCACGUAUAUGGAAAGUAACUAGUUUUAAGUCUUAAUCGUAAAGUGGCCGUCACAAUGAGGACUGUCCUGAUGGUGGCAGAGAAACCGUCCCUGGCUCUGUCCAUUGCCAAAAUCCUGUCUAAAGGAAAUUGUACAAGUCGCAAGGGUCUCAACGGAGCAUGCUCAGUGCACGAAUACCCCGGCAGCUUCCAGGGCCAAAGUGUACGCUUUAAGAUGACUUCUGUGUGUGGACAUGUGAUGAGUCUGGAUUUCAUCGGGAAGUACAACAACUGGGACAAGGUGGACCCUGCAGAACUCUUUAGCAAAGCUCCGACAGAAAAGAAGGAGGCCAACCCUAAACUCAACAUGGUCAAGUUCCUCCAAGUUGAAGCGAGAGGCUGUGACUACGUGGUUCUAUGGUUGGACUGUGAUAAAGAAGGGGAGAACAUCUGCUUUGAGGUACUGGAUGCCAUCCAGCCAGUGAUGAACAGAGUUAGGGAGCAGAGUGUUUACCGAGCCAAAUUCAGCUCCAUCACGGACACUGACAUCUGGAAUGCCAUGGAUCACCUGGGAGAGCCCAACCGCAAUGAAGCCCUGUCAGUGGACGCACGUCAGGAGCUGGACCUGCGCAUUGGCUGCGCCUUCACCCGGUUCCAGACAAAGUAUUUCCAGGGUAAGUACGGCAAUCUGGACUCCACCUUGAUUUCAUUUGGACCAUGCCAGACCCCAACACUGGGCUUCUGCGUGGAACGCCAUGAUAAGAUCCAGUCUUUUAAACCAGAGACUUACUGGGUCAUUCAGGCAAAGGUGUUCAAAGGAAAGGACAGCCCUCUGACAUUGGACUGGAGCAGGGUCAGGGUCUUCGACAGGGAGGUGGGUCAGAUGUUCGUCAACCUGGCUAAGACAUCCCGGGUGGCUCAGGUGGAGUCUGUGAGUAAGAAGGAGAAGGCGAAGCAGAGGCCCCAGGCCCUGAACACAGUGGAGAUGUUGAAAGUGGCCAGCUCCUCCUUAGGCAUGAGUCCCCAGCAUACUAUGCAGAUAGCAGAACGUCUGUACAUACAGGGCUACAUCAGCUACCCCCGCACUGAGACCACCCACUACCCAGAGAACUUUGACCUGAAGGGCGCGCUGAAGCAGCAGAGCAGCAAUCCAUACUGGGCGGAGGAGGUGAAGGCUCUGCUUUCAACUGGAUUGAACCGUCCCAGGAAAGGAAGUGAUGUUGGAGACCACCCCCCCAUCACCCCCAUGCGUGCUGCCUCAGAAGGGGAGCUGGGAAGUGAUGGCUGGCGGCUGUACGAUUACAUCACACGGCAUUUCAUCGCUACUGUCAGUCAGGACUGCAAGUACCUUCAGACCACCAUCGACUUUACCAUCGGCUCGGAGGCCUUCUCAUGCAGUGGCAAGACUCUGAUCUCAGCAGGUUACACCGCUGUGAUGCCGUGGCAGGGCAUCCCUCUGGAGGAGGCCCUGCCAGCCUGUGAGCGCGGUGACACUUUCACGGUAGACGAGAUCAAGCUGGUGGAAAAACAGACCAGCCCCCCCGACUACUUGACCGAGGCUGAACUCAUCACACUUAUGGAGAAGCAUGGCAUUGGGACGGACGCCAGCAUUCCUGUCCACAUCAACAACGUCUGCCAGAGGAACUAUGUGACUGUAGAGAAUGGACGCAAGUUGAAGCCAACCAACCUGGGCAUUGUUCUAGUGCAUGGCUACUACAAGACAGAUGCAGAGCUGGUGCUGCCCACCAUCCGCAGCGCUGUGGAGAAGCAGCUGAACCUCAUCUCUCUGGGGAAAGCCAACCACCAGCAGGUCCUGCAGCACACGCUGGACAUCUUCAAGAGGAAGUUCCACUACUUUGUGGAUUCCAUCCCCAGCAUGGAUGAGCUGAUGGAAGUGUCCUUCUCCCCCAUUGCUGCCUCCGGGAAGCCCCUGUCCCGCUGCGGGAAGUGCCAUCGCUUCAUGAAGUACAUCCAGGCCAAGCCCAGCCGGCUGCACUGCUCCCACUGUGACGAGACCUACAGUCUCCCCCAGAACGGAGCCAUCAAGCUGUACAAGGAGCUGCGCUGUCCGCUGGACGAGUUUGAGCUGGUGCUGUGGACCUCGGGGCCCCGGGGCAAGAGCUACCCCCUGUGCCCAUACUGCUUCAGCAACCCGCCUUUCAGGGACAUGAAGAAAGGUAUGGGAUGUAAUGAAUGUACACAUCCGUCGUGUCAGCACUCUCUAAACUCUUUGGGCAUUGGACAGUGUGUGGAGUGUGAUGGUGGGGUUUUGGUGCUGGAUCCCACUUCUGGACCAAAAUGGAGGAUGGCCUGUAAUACAUGUAACGUGGUGGUGCACUUCUUUGAACAUGCACAUAGAGUGCAGGUUGCUCAGGAGAGCUGCGAGGCCUGCGACGCCUCUCUGGUCGCAGUCGACUUCAACAAGACUCGGACGCCACUUCCUGCCGGGGAGACCCAACACACUGGCUGUGUGUUCUGUGAUCCAGUCUUCCAGGAUCUGGUGGAGCUCAAACAUGCCACCAUGAGGUAUCGCGGUGGGGGUGCGAGACGAGGAGGACGGGGACGUGGCAGGGGACGCCGUGGCAAUCCGAAAAAACCUAAAGACAAAAUGGCGGCCUUGGCUGCAUACUUUGUGUAGUGUCUGUGUAUAAUGCAUACUGUUAUUUGUUUGACACAUAGUAUGAAGAUUCAGUAAAUUGACUUUUAUAAGUGCAUUUAACUACACUCAAAUAAAAUAUGUACAAAAAAUGUG